CAUUUUCUCACCCCCCAAACACCAUUUUGUUUCUGAAUAACCAAUCGAUAUGGAUAUUUGGUCUUGGAUAUGCGAGCUGCCUAACUCGGACCAGUGGGUCGAGUCGGAGUCACCUCCCACCUUCCAACUCGUCAGCUCCAAACCAACUAAAGCCGACACAACCCAGUCGAUUCAACUCAGAGCUGAACGAACAUCCGGGUCUAACUCGGAAGCCUUGGUUACUUUCUCCGUCUACGUGCAUGGCUUCCACCCUUCUAAUGCAGAGAAGACCCUCUGGGUUUCUGACGCGUGUCCUCUCGCAUCUGACAAGCCAUUCCUCCCACUGCUUCUUCAAUUGGUCCAAGAGAUCGUGUCCCGUUCACCCACCGCGCAUGAUAGCACCUGCCCCCGCUCCCAGCUCCAGAAACUCAGACCCGAACCUGUUGCGUGGGUCCUUGACUCGCACUCGCCCGAGUCGCUCUCCAGUUUCUUCAACCUCGUCUUCCUCACGCGCCUCUUCUGGCUCUGUGUGUGCGAUGCGCCCAGUGAAGUCGGCUCUCUCUACUUCGACUCGCUCCUGACUCCCCAUAUCGAACUGUUCUCCUGCAACCACGCGCAUGUGCUGCGAACGUUCCUGGUUUCCAUCGGAGUGGACGCUGAGCUGUGUUUUAUGCGCUCCGUUGGGUACAUGUUAGCAAAAUGGUUGAUUUUAAGGGAGGUGGGCGUAGGAUUACAAAUGUUAACCCCAGUGCCGAAGCUGGGAUUUUCAUACGCAAUGGAAGCUCAUGGGUUGUGGACUCUGAAGGCCUACGCUCCGGUGAUGGCGAUGACUCGCACGCGCUUCAAAGGUCAAGAAAAACAGUACUCCGCAAUCGAGGCUAAGGAGUCCGUUCUGAGAUAUGCCCUAGCCCACCAACAGCUCGAGGUCGUGAUUCAGUUGGAAUAUUCCGUUGCCUUCCAUGACGGCUUUAUUCAAGUUAAUACACGUGUCAAUAAUCUGCGGUUCCACAUCGUAAAACUAGGAUUUUCUAAAAAUGAUGACAUGGAUUACAUCGACGAGAGGCAUUUCCCGUCGAGGAUUAGGGUUUGGAUUGGGCCAGAGAUUGGGUCAACUUACGUAGCAAGUUUGAGCUUGGGCCGGUCUACAGAAAACAUAGAGAAAGAAGUGAAAACGCAGAGAACAGUAAAGGGUAAUUUUGGAAAAAUGAAAAUACCAAGGGUAAAAGCAACAGCGAGGUUGUCGACGAGGACAAGGACGAAGAAUUGGAGGUGGGAUCAGGACGCGGAAGGGAACGCUGCCAUUUUUGAAGCAGUUCUAUGCGAAAACAAUAGUGGUGUGGAAGUAGCGACGAACAAGCCACCUAAUACUAUUAGUGAGGGUGACAAAUGGGAGAAUGGGUUGGGAAAGAGGUACUCUGGAGCGAAUAGAAUGUUUUCAAAGAGCGGGGGGUUAGUUUUUGCAGGGGAUGAGUAUGGAGAAGGGGUAGAGUGGAGACUGAGCAAAGAAAUGGAAGGGAGCGUGUUGAAAUGGAGAAUAGGAGGUCAAAUUUGGUUAAGUUAUUGGCCUAAUGAAAUCAAGACUUCAUACUUUGAAACAAGGUGUGUGGAAUGGUGCGACGAGGUGGAUUUGCCUUUAAUUCCUUGUAAAUAGAUUUUCAAAGGGAUUCAUAUGUACUCCUACUUAUAUUAAUAUAAGACCUAAUCAACUACUUUAUCUUAAUUUA